AUGUCUACACCUUCAACAUCCACACAAGUCGUGCUCAAGAACUCACCAACCGGAUUUAUUAAUCCAAACUUUGGCGAGUCUGACUCCACUUUUGAAAUCAAACAAAGACCAAUUGAACCAUUAAAAGAUGGACAAUUAUUGGUUAAGAUUUUGUUAAUAUCCAAUGAUCCAACUCAAAGAGGAUGGAUCAGAGCAAAGGACAGUCAGCAGAGAUAUUAUGUCCCACCUGUUGAGAUUGGUGCUCCUAUGGAAUCAUUGGCUAUUGGAGAAGUCAUUGAAAGCAAAUCACAAAAAUAUGUCAAGGGAGAUUUGGUAAAUGGAAAAUUCUUCUGGGCCGAUUACAUUACUGUUCAAGAUGCAACUGUUUUCAACAAGAUUGACAAAUCUUUGGGCUUCCCAUUGGAAUUUUACGUUUCUGUUUUGGGUAUGACUUCUUUGACUGCCUUCUUUGGUUUGACUGAGGCUGGUGAAAUGAAACAAUAUUUGACCCAAAAAUCAGAAAAACCAUAUACGGUGUUGGUUUCUGCUGCUUCUGGUGCUACUGGAUCAGUCGUUGUUCAACUUGCCAAACACGUUUUGGGUGCUGAUAAGGUUAUUGGUAUCUCAGGAUCCGAUGAAAAAUGCAAAUGGGUUGAAGGAUUAGGUGCUGACUUAUGUGUCAACUACAAAAAGGACGGUUAUCAAAAACAAAUUGAUGAAUUCCUUGGUGAUGGUUUGGUUGAUUACUACUACGACAAUGUGGGUGGCUCAAUCUUGGACUAUGCUUUGACCAAGAUGGCCAAGUAUGGUCAUGUCAUCUCAUGUGGAUCCAUCUCCACUUAUAAUUCCAAAGGGGACAACUCGGCACCAGGUAUCAAGAACUGGGGUGAAAUUACCGUCAACUCAUUGACAGUAAAAGGUUUCAUUGUCAGUGACUACUUUGCCAAGUUUGAACAAGGAACCCAACAAUUAGCUAAGGCUGUUAAGGAGGGCAAGAUCAAGACAGAGGGUGCUUACCAUGUUGAUUCGUUGACUGGUGACAGUAUUGAAAAGAAAUUAGAACAAAUUCCAAAGAUUUGGAACCAAUUGUUUAUUGGAGAGAAGCCAAAUGGUAAAUUAAUUACCAAGGUAGCUUAA